AUGCGACGAGUGAAGAAAUCCCGAAAUGGCUGUGCUAGAUGCAAGAGUAAACGCGUCAAAUGCGGCGAAGAGAAACCUCAUUGUAAUCGUUGCACUAGACUGGGUAUCAGGUGUCCCGGAUAUGUUCAGUCGCUGCGUUGGGUGACCAACCACAGUGGCAUUCAGUUUGAGAAUGCUACAGUGACAAGAACGGCCAACAAUGCUGCUACUCCCAGAGCAGCUCGAUCGCCUGCUCCUAGAGCAUCUAGAGCACCGGAAGGGCUUAUCGAACCGCCAUCAGUGUUCUCCCAGUCAACAGCCUUGGACGACGUGGAUAAUCCCGCCACAAUUGGUACCACCACCGCUACCCAGGACCUGCCAGACCCAUCCAGCCUGGAAGUAGAUGGCACAAACGUUCUAUGCGAAAACUUAUGGGACGUCAGCGGAAGCUCUCUACCAGAACUAGAUGGCCUUUCCUCUCCCUCUUCGGUCGCAGCAUCGACAUCCGAGGAAUCAACCCAGCAAACAGACUCGCCGUUUGCUGCAAAUCUCGCAACAGCAGACUUAUCAAAUAUCUUCUCGCUAGCAGCGCCAGCGUUCCAAGAGAAUAGCAGAAACUAUGGCAACUUCUCACCAAUGGCCAUUGUGCGCAGCUAUCCUCCUCCGUCCUUGAGGCCGCAGCACAUUCCCCAGCCCUUAAAUGGCAACACAUCCUGGACCCUAAUCGAAUACUACUUCAAGGAAGUAGCAGCGCUGUUCUCGAGCUAUGAUAGCCAGAUGAACCCCUUCCGUACGACGGUAUCUCGUCUCUGGGGAUCAUCAUUGGCUAUGUGUCGAACGAUGCAGAGCAUGGCCGCGGCGACACUAGUUCAUGAUUUCCCUCAAUUCGGGCCGAUGGGAUUGAAGAUGCGGAACGAAGCCGUUGACAUUCUUACCAAGGAGUCUGAAAUGGAUGAUAAGUCCCUCCUAGCAUUGCUCAUGCUGGGACAGACUGCUAGUUGGCACGAUCCGAAGGACCUGGGGAUUUCAUUCUUCAAUCUACUACGGAAGCACCUCAAUGACAAGUCUUCUAGUGCGGAGCCAUUUCUAUCCAGACACGGCAAGAAUCAUCAGUUCUUUGAAGAAGCACUGGUUUACUGGGAAAUGCUCCUCUCCUUUGUCGCGGACAAUGACUCGCUCUCUCUGUCUGACACGAUCCCCGGAAUGGAAGAUUUACUUGUUCUCCAACGCAUGCCUCACCCUUGGACUGGAAUAGCCCGCGACACACAAUCCGCAGUCCAGGAAGUAGGCAGGCUCGUCCGUCGGGAACGAAAACGCAUCCGCGCCCAGCACUUCACCUCUCAAGAGAACAUCACCCAAGCUCAAAAAGCCAUCAACGAAGCAGAGCAACUCGAAGAAAGACUCCUUGGACUGGCCCACCCGGCAGAGACCGAAAUAAUCAGCCCCGGCGACGACGACACACCCGUCUGGCAUCUCCUAACUAUGGCUGAAGCCUACCGAUGUACGGGAUUGAUACAGCUAUACCGCGUAUUCCCGGACCUUCUUCGCUACCGAUUACCAUCACCAAACACCAGUACGAUCGAUCAAGACCCCUUCCUCUCAGACCCAAUCCUAGGCAAUGACUGUAACCUAGACGGCUUCGAAUUUCCUUGGCUCAACACCAACAGCCCAAAGAAAACACCACCAGAAACAACAGCAACCAAAACCAAAGCAACAGACUCCUACUACAACACCUGGCUCACCGAAUUCACCUUAACGACCCUCUCGCGCCUAAAAACCAUUCCCAUGGAAUCCCGCACCCGCUGCGUACAGCCCUUUCUCUUCGUUGCAUCGAGUAGCGAGCUACGACUUCCUACUGUUCCAAUGGACGAGUCCAACACCAAUGAUCAAGGUAAUAGUAACGAGGAGAAUGUAUCACACGCCGUCGAAGUCCUGCGAACACGCAAAUUCGUCCUCGGCCGUCUAACUUCGUAUCUACAUGUGUUACCACCGAAACCAAUACAUGUGUGUUUGCAAUUGGUGAAGGAGGUUUGGAAAAGGAUGGAUGCUGGUGGGAGGGAUGUUUAUUGGAUGGAUGUUAUGAUGGAGAGGGGGUGGGAGACUACUAUGGGGUAG